AUGGCAGAAUCCACCGUAGAACAAAAACUCUCAACCCCACCACCACCGUUGCCGCCGUCUCCACCGUUACCAUCGCCACCACAACAACAGUCAUAUUCCUCCAUACUACUCAUAAAACUAAUGAGCAAAAGAAGAACAUGGGUAUUCCUAUUCAUAUCCGUUCACACAAUUUUACUUUCCCUGUCUUGGGAGUUCCUAAAAUCUGUCCUUUCAAAGUACGAAUCAUCUUCUUCAAUUUCAACUGGGUUUGAAGCCCUUUAUGCAUCUGGGCUGUUGGGAAUUGCCUUCGGGAUUCUGUCGAUGGUGGCGGCGUUGGCCGUGGCGGUGCCUGCCACCAUGGUGACGUGGAUCACUGUGCUUGUCCUGUUGACUUUCUGUGGGAAGCCCAGAAGGGAUCUGGUGGCUGAGGGCAAGAAAUUGACAGGUGAAAUCACUGGUUUCGUGAUUAAGAUUUUGAUCAAAGAAGGGAAUGUUGUUGCUGCAUUUUGUGCUGUUCUUGGGUAUUUUGCACUUGUUAGAAAGAGUAGGGAUUUUGAGGAAUGA